AUGCUUCUUUAUCGUUCUCCUGCUUCCAUGCUCCAUUCCUAUAAACUACUUGCUCCACCACUACCAUCACCACUUAAAAGCCUCUCCCAUUUAAAGCACUCCUAUUCAUUUCUCUCUUCUCCGCUUCAAAUCCGCCUGUUUUUCCUCAAUCCAAGUACAAUUCGAGGAUUCGCCACUGCUGCCGUCGACGAGACUAAGACAACCGACACCUUCUUCGCCGACCACGCGGUAUCAUGGUCUUCUCUUGGUUUGUCUCAUCAGCUCCCUCGAGCUCUCUCUGAGUUUGGCCUUUCAAGACCCUCUCUUGUCCAGGCUGCGGCUAUACCAUCAAUACUUUCAGGAAAGGAUGUGGUGAUUGCAGCGGAGACUGGUAGUGGUAAAACACAUUCCUACUUAGUUCCUCUGAUUAACAACAGGCUAUCUGCUUCUACUUCUACUUCUGAACCAGGAUUGGCUCCCACCCAAUCUGGGAUUUCUCUAGUUCUUUGCCCCAAUGUGUUGCUAUGUGACCAAGUUGUGAAAAUGGCUAGUGGUCUUUGUGAUGAUAAUGGCCACCCACUUCUUACUGUUGCAGCUGUCUGUGGCCGACAGGGUUGGCCGGUUAAUCAACCAGAUAUUAUCGUAUCAACACCAGCUGCUCUUCUGAAUAAUAUUGAUCUGAAAAAACAAAGCAGGUCCAGUUUCAUUAGUUGUGUAAAAUACGUGGUGUUUGAUGAAGCAGACAUGCUUCUGUGUGGGGGAUUUCAGAAUCAAGUUAUCCGUCUCAUAAACAUGCUUCGUUUUGACGAGAAGCAGCUCUCUCGAGCAAAUAAAUCUGCAGUCCAGGUUCCUCAGGAAGCGGGUUCUGGUUCUUUAGGACGCUUCAGCUCAGAGGAUGAAGAAGACCUACAAAAUGAACCAACAGCAGAACAGGAUGAGGAUUUUGGUAGUGACUUGGAAGUUGAGGACUUAAAAGAGGAAACUGAGGCUGGGUCCAUUGACAGAAAAGACUGGAGGAGGUCCAGUUCCAUGGUCAUUGGUCUGAUGCUCCUUGUCCAUGUUGGAAAUAUGCACCCAUGGUUGGGUAGGUUUGGUUGUUCUUUUGGAGUUAAUCUCAAUGAACGUUGGCUUGUCACUUCCUUCAUAGGCCUUACUGCAUCUUCUGUAACUGGAUAUGCACAAACUUAUUGUGAUCCUCCCACUUCUUGGCCAAAGUUUUGGUUAUUAAGUUAUAGCAGCACUGAGCAACAUCCAACAGCUCAGUCUUUCUGGUUUGCAGUAAAGUGCCUUAAAUUGGAGCAAAAGUGGGUUGAAGUUUCGGUUGAUACCCAGGUGGAUGCACUCAUCGAGGCUUUGAACCAAGGACUUAGAUCGGAUGUGUUAGAUUAUGGGGUUGGAGUGAGUCGAACCAUGGUUUUCGCGAACACUGUUGAGGCUGUUGAAGCAGUGUGUAAGAUCUUGAGCAGAGCGGGAAUUGGGUGUUUCUGUUACCAUAAGGACUGCUCUUUGGAGGAACGUGCAAAGACAUUGGCUGAUUUUCGAGAAAAAGGUGGAAUUUUUGUGUGCACUGAUGCUGCUGCCCGUGGAGUUGACAUUCCAAAUGUCUCACAUGUUAUUCAGCUAACUCUGGCUACAAUUGGUACAUUUCAGGCAGACUUUGCCACCUCUGCUGUAGAUUUCUUGCACAGAGUUGGCCGCACAGCUCGAGCUGGUCAACAUGGACUUGUCACUAGCCUCUAUACUGAAUCCAACAAGGAUCUUGUUGAUGCCAUUCGUCAAGCAGAGAAACUUGGUCGGCCUGUGGUAAUUGUCGAAUCUUGCACUUCUGGUUCCAGUAGUUUACCAACUUAA